ACGUGCGUCGCGCAGGUGCAGAAGCUACCGCCGGGCACUCCGCAUCUCCGGCCGCUUCCGCGAUCCCGCCGCCGCCGCCCGUUACGGCGAGUGCUGUGCCCGCCCAGUCCGAGCCGACGCCCGCCGCCCGCCGCCCGAGUGACAUGUUGCAGAAGCCGACGAUCCGGGGCCGCCCUGGCAGCCAGGCCGAGAGGGAGAGGGACUCGGGCCGCAGCGGGGAGGAGGCCCCGAGCACCUCCCGCGGCACAGGAGGAUCUCAGGGGGCGCUGAGCGCCUCGUCCAGGGGCGCCCGCUCCAGUCAGGCCACCCCCGCCGUGGGGCCCCGCACCCAGAAGCAGCUGGAGCUGAAGGUGGCCGAGCUGGUGCAGUUCCUGCUGAUUAAGGACCAGAAGAAGAUUCCGAUCAAGCGCACCGACAUCCUGAAGCACGUCAUCGGAGACUACAAGGACAUCUUCUCUGACCUCCUCAAGCUCGCUGCCCAGCGUCUCGAGUACGUCUUCGGGUACAAGCUGGUGGAACUCGAGCCCAAGAGCAACAGCUACAUCCUCAUCAACACCCUGGAGCCGGUGGAGGAGGACGCGGAGGUGCGGGGCGACCAGGGCACGCCCACCACCGGCCUCCUGAUGAUCGUCUUGGGGCUCAUCUUUAUGAAGGGCAACACCGUCAAGGAGACCGAGGUCUGGGACUUUCUGCGUCGGUUAGGGGUGUACCCCACAAAGAAGCAUUUAAUUUUCGGGGACCCCAAGAAACUCAUCACCGAAGAGUUCGUGCGGCAGCGUUACUUGGAGUACCGGCGGAUCCCCCACACUGACCCUAUAGACUAUGAGUUCCAGUGGGGCCCGCGAACCAGCCUGGAAACCAGCAAGAUGAAGGUGCUUAAGUUUGUGGCCAAAGUGCAUAACCAGGACCCCAAGGACUGGCCAGCGCAGUACUUUGAGGCUUUGGCAGAAGAGGAGGGUAGGGCCAGACCCCAGUCGGGGGGCCCGGCCCCCUCCUCUUGAAAUCAUUGGGGCUCCUGGGGUAGGGCUCGGGGCCCAAAGGCGCAGUGCUGGGGGACUGGGUGGGAGGUGCGGGGAGGAGUGGGACAUAUUUCUGUAGCAUGUAUAAGUGUGUAACUUUAGAAUUUAUUUGCAAAGCGUUGUUCCUUUAACGUUCUUAAUUAUUUGGUUCCAAAUCAACAUUUACGAAAGAGAAGGAUGGGGAAGGGGGUGGUGGUUUUGAUUUGUUUUACUUGUAUGUGUUUUUUGGUAUAAAACUUUUGCUAGCUUUGUAAAACUAAUUGGCAAACUGGACCAUGAUCCCGAACAGACUAGUAAGAAAGAACAUAUCAGUGAAUUGUUUUGGUCCCAAGAAAAUAAAAGCAAAGUAGCUAUUAUCUGGCUUCUUUAAUUACCCCAGUUUAGGGAAAAAUAAAAAUCUUUAUAAAUUGAAAAUAUAAUUGUCUAUAUAUCCUUUUUAUCUUAACACAGCUAUUUUAUUUUUAUAUUUUUUCUACUUAUAUACUAAGUAUUUUGCAUGGUUCCAAGCAGUGUACGUAUUUUAUUUUCUCCGAAUAGCAAUUUAAAAAAUUCUUACUAUAUAAUCAUAAUUACUACUCAGCCCUGUUGCUGACCAUUUAGUUUUUUCUUUUUUCUUUUGGCUGUUUUAUUGAUAAUAAAUGGUGUAUUUUUGAAGCACUUAA